AUGGCCGACAAAAGGAAACUGCAAAGUGACAUUGAAAGAAACCUCAAGAGAGUACAGGAGGGAAGAACUGCCUUCCAGGAAAUACUGGAUAAAUUUGAAAGUACCAACAAUCCAACUCAAAAAGAAAAAUUUGAAGGCGAUCUAAAAAAAGAAAUUAAAAAACUUCAAAGAUUAAGAGAUCAAAUCAAAACAUGGAUUACAGCUAGUGAAGUGAAAGAUAAGCGACCAUUAUUAGAAGCACGUAAGGAAAUCGAACAGGAUAUGGAACGAUUUAAAGUAAUUGAAAAAGAGACAAAAACCAAAGCUUAUUCCAAAGAAGGUCUAUUAUCAACUGAAGCGAAAAAAGACCCAUUACAGAAAGAAAAAGAAGAAUUAGAUGAUUGGUUAAAACAAUGUAUUAGUUCAUUAAAUACACAAACAGAAAAAUAUGAGUUUGAGAUUGAAAGCUUAUCAAAUAAUACUAAAAAGAAAAGAAUAGAUAAAGAAACAGCUUCAGCAAUCGAUGAAAAACGUCAACGUUUAGAAAUGUGCUGUUUUCAUGUUGAAAAACUUGAAACUAUUAUGCGUUUAUUAGAUAAUGAACGACUAGAUUGUACAAAGGUUAGAUCUAUUCAAGAGUCUAUUGAAUAUGUGAUCGAUUGUGGUGAUAAUCAGUCUAUGUUUGACUUUAAGAAUAUUUAUGAUGAUUUAUGUUUGGAUGAGUUAGGUGAUUCUACUGGAAUAACUGCAGCAUCAGGCACUGCAACAGGAAAUCAAGAGCAUGAUUUAAAUGGUGUAAUUACCCCCGGUACUACCUUGGUAAAUCAACGGGUAGGGAGUGAUGAUGCUGGCUCUUCAACUUCGACUCAUACAAGUGCAUCAAAUAAUACAGAUUCGUCUGUCACUCAUCCUGGGUCAUCAGCGUCAUCCAAUGCGUCUUCUUCCCGAGAACGUGCUAAAAGUGAUGAUAAAGUCUCCUUGUUACCACAUGUAUCCGCUUCUUCUACUAGUACACCUAUGAAAUCUUCAAAUACACCAGUUGUUGCUGGCACUCCUAACAAAUCUGGAAAGUUGAACGCAAAUAGUCAUUCAACAUCAAACAGUAUGACAAUCGUUGCCGAGAUAGGCCCGGUCAAAUCCUCUAGUACUAUAGAUUCUCAGGUCGUUGUUGACGAUCUUGCUCGAAACCAGAAGAACGAAACCACCCAAAAGCAUAAUGACCGUCCCAAUACAGUUACAACAAAUCCUCAGUUACAAUCACAGAUAAAAAAUGGCCCCAGUGACGAUAGCAAUUCAUUAACACCUUUCUCCUCUGUUUCAGGAGCAAAUUCAACGUCUACAGCACCUAGUCUUGCAUUUUCCGCUUCUCAUGUAAAGGAAGAUUCUUCUGUGAUCAACAGUCGAGAAGAAUUACUUGCGCCAUGUCAACCGUCAUGUGUUUCCAACUCAACAAAUUCUUCGUCACCUAUUCCACUCCGAAGUAUGUCAUCUGAAGUUAGCAAAGCUUCAGGUGUUACUAAUGCUUACAACAAUUCGAUGCUUUCCACUUCUACAGACGAAAGCUCUGAAAACGUAAAUCGUACUCCUCCCAGUCUAUAUUCAACGGCUAUGCUAGCUGCUUCUCAGGAUAAACAAUUGUCAUCCCUACUCGCUUGCUCUCAACAUCCAUCUUUAGGACGUGCAAGUUCGAACUCUGUUGCGGAUCCAUCACUUUCUGAAAUUUCCUUGUCCAGUAAAUUUCACUCAACAUCUGGUGUUUCAUCUUUACCACUUCCUUCAACUAUCAUAUCUACAACCAAUCCUCAAGUACAGUCCUCUUAUUUGGGACUAGACAGCCAACUAUCCAGUAUACAACCGUCUUUACAUUCUCAACAAAUAAAAAGUCAGAAUAGUCCUGUUCAUGCUCAUAUGCAUCCACGUGAUGCUGCUGCUCCGUUCCGUAACAGAAAUUUGGACAAACCCAAAGGAGCUGUACCACAAGAGCUUCUUUUACAACUUCAAGCAUUAGAAAGUGGUUAUCGUCGUUUACCACAUUCAUGUGAUACAGAGAAAUCUCGUAUGAUUAUAUGUAAAAAUCCAAUUAAUUGUCCAAAUUAUUAUCCACGUGAACCAUUAACUGGUACUGAUAAUGAAGAAUAUUAUAUGAAAUUAGAUGCACAAACAUUAUUUUUUAUAUUUUAUUAUUUUGAAGGUACUAAAGCACAAUAUUUUGCUGCUAAAGCAUUAAAACGUAUGUCCUGGAGAUUUCAUACAAAAUUUAUGAUGUGGUUUCAACGACAUGAAGAACCUAAACAAAUUACUGAUGAAUAUGAAUCUGGUUCAUAUAUUUAUUAUGAUUAUAGAACAAUGAGACAACGUAAAAAAGAAGAAUUUAUGUUUCAUUAUAGUUUUUAG